AUGUCUUCCUUCUACUCUUUCACUCCCAAGACUACUACUGUCAGCUUCUCAUGGCCGAAAGAACUUACCGGAAUUGAGCGAGUCGCGCUGUCCGCGCAAGGCGAUUUGCAACGUAUCUUGAGCGCCUUUUUCGCUCGUCCAAUCGUUCUGGCUCUUAUCUACUCCCAUACAUUCGUCAAACGCGAGGAUAGCAGUCUCGUUCCCUUGUCUCUCCCGAAUCCGUCUGCCGUAGCUCAAGCCUCUUUUGAAGCCCCACUAGUCCAGAAGCGACAAGUGCAUCUCCAAUGCGGUGGCAAGGUGGUUUGUGUAGCGACAUCCCAAGUGAAAAUUUCCUCGGCACGUUGCGCCCACCUCUUUAUUGAAGAAAAGUACGGCAUCGGCCAACUGUUCAGCAAGCUGGAUGUCAGCCCAAGCUUUGAGCUCCUCAGCGUUGGCAUUGGAAACCAGGACGACAAUCUGUUGACCGUUGAAAAGGGGCUUGGCCAAGGACCUCAGUUAUGGCGCAAAUACAAACUCUCUAUUCCCGAGUUCGAAUGCGAAAUUCUCGAGGUAUUCUCAUCCCGGGACAUGUUCGCACGGGGGCAAACAUGGCUUGACGAUCAAUCAACCAUUGAUUCGCCAUCGUUGCUGACAAGACCCUCAACUGCCUUUCCUUGGCUUGCUCUUAUUGCAUUGGUGAUAUUCGAGUUCUACGCACAAAUUGACCUCAUCACAAAAUUCGGCAGCUUUACGUUUAUGUCCCGGCUUCUUCUUGGACCACGAUGUUCUCGUCUAUUUGUCCCUUGCUUGCGCCCUCGUCAACCUGAUAUCCGCGGCCUUCAUGGCACUCAAUUACUACGCCAACCUCAGCGACGUUCCCGACAAGCUAACGAGAAACCCACUGCCAUCCCACAACAACCAUCGCACGCGUCCAGCCCAGAUGUCUACGAGGAGCCCGAUCUUCGAACCCCAAACUCUUCGCGGAAGGCAGCCAUCUUUACUGUUCUAGGGAGUGUUGGCGUCUAUUUCUGGGCCUCUGCACGUACCAACGCGAAAACGGAUGCUGCCGUCACGCAAUUGAGACAAGAACGUGGUGGUGGUUAUAUAGAUUCUAUCGAUAGCUUGGUUCUGAUGAGACAAAGAGCUUAUGAGCUCAAGGAGUCUCUGGAAAAGGGCUUUGUGAAACUCAGUCGUGCAGUCCAAGCUUUUGCACCGAUACCACAGAGCGCGAUCCUUCAGAGCUACGCAUAUAUUGCGACCAAGUGGCUGAAUGCCGUGGACGCCCAGAAAGUUUGCUGGGGUAUAUGCGCCGCCAAUGUGGCCGUCUUCAUUGCUUGGAAGAGCCACACCCUUUUGCCGUUCAUGAUGCAUAACUUUAUCCAUCGACCCCUCUCUGGCCGAACCCGUACCCUUCUCACGAGUGUAUUUAGCCAUCACUCUUUUGUUCACCUCUUCUUCAAUUGUUACGCACUGCACGGUUUCGGUGCAGCAACAGGGCUGUAUCUACUUCAGCAGCAACGUGAUGGUCCUUCAAACCUUCUUGAGUCAACAACAGGGUACCAUUUCCUCGCGUUCUUUGUGUCUGCGGGUCUCUUUUCAUCCUUCGCCUCGCAUGCUUUGCGACUACGUGCAUAUGAUCUCAUCAAGGGUCGUCUGACUGGACCUGCCCGCAGUGCUGCCAAAUUCAUUGUCGGUGGCUCGUUGGGUUCGUCUGGCGCGAUUUACUCUUGUGUUGCUGUCGCUGCGCUUGCUUUGCCUCAACUACACGUUAAUGUGAUGUUUAUUCCUAUCGACAUUCCUAUUCGAACCGCAGUCGGUGGCUUGGUGCUAAUGGAUAUUGUGGGGUUGCUACGCGGUUGGAGAACAUUUGACCAUAUUGCGCAUUUGAGUGGUGCAUUGUUUGGCUUGGUCUAUUAUAUGUAUGGGCCUCGAAUAUGGGACACCUACAGAGCGGUGUCAGCGCGCCUAUUUAGCCAGAAGAAGAGGAUAGCAGUAACAUCAUGA